AUGUCUUCUGCUCCCACUACCACCACCACCACCACAGGACUCAUCCUAUCCUUCAUCCAACCCACAUCUUCUUCAUCUUCUUCCUCUUCCUCCCCCGAAGACAAUAGCAACAACAAAGAUAGUACAGAAUUCGCUCUCCUCCCCCAACUCUUCACAUCCCACAUCCUCGGCACAACCCGUUCGACCUUUUACAAAGCAGCCAACGCCUCGUACCCCAAACACCAUCUUCUCGUCAGCUUAAUGGACGAUGUUGCGCAUGUGAAUGUAGAGCAGGUGGCCAAGUUUUGGGCGGGCGAGAGGGUGGUGCACGGGGAGGCGGAUGUUAGGGGGUUUAGCGAGGUGCAGGUUUAUGAGAAGGAGAGGGGGAGGGGUGUGGGAAGGGAUAACCCUGCGCAUACGCUCCUUGUAGCGCUUAUGCAGCCUGCACCGGAUGGUGCUGCGGACUUGGAUUCUUGGUACCGCGAUGAGCAUAAUGAGCAGAUGUCGAAAGAGCCUGGUUGGCUGCGUACGUGUCGGUAUUCGUUGGUUGCGCAGAAGGGUGGCGAUGAGAAAGAGAAGGAGUUGUCGUUCUUGGCUAUUCAUGAGUUUGAUGAGAGUAAUGAGUUGGGGGAUACAGUCAAAGCGCUUGAGCCUGUGAGCGAGUGGACGAAGAAAGUCAUGAGUGCAGCAGUGGGUAUUGACGCUGCUGUUUAUCGAAAGGCCUGA